GAAAGAUUCCAAUGGAAAGUAUUUUCCACUUUUUGUUUGUGAUUGAGGGAAUUGUGUUAUUUGGAUUGUUUGUUGAGUACCCUUGUACAACAUGUCAAAGUUUGCGUUACCUGCCUUACCUUAUGAUUACAGUGCACUGGAACCACAUAUAGAUACUAUGACCAUGAAUGUUCACCACAAGGGCCAUCACCAAACGUAUGUGAAUAAUCUGAAUGGUGCAAUACAAGGUGAACAUGGGGGUCAGUUCAAGGGACUAUCCAUAGAAAACAUCCAAAGGAAUGCUGUGAAGGCACCUGAUGCUAUUAAAGCAACUGUGAGGAACAAUGGAGGUGGCCAUUUCAAUCAUUCUCUAUUUUGGACACUUAUGGCCCCAACAGGAUCUGCCAACAGUGCACCACAUGGAGAUUUGAAACAAGCUUUGGAAACAGAGUUUGGUUCUGUGGAUGAGUUUAAGACUCGAUUCAAUGCUGCAGCUGCUGGACGUUUUGGUUCUGGUUGGGCUUGGCUUUGUAUGGAUCGUUCUGGAAAGCUUUUUAUUUGUUCUACUCCCAACCAAGACAAUCCGCUUAUGGAAGGUAUAUCUGAGCAUGUUGGCAUUCCUAUCUUAGGAUUGGAUGUUUGGGAACAUGCGUAUUAUCUGAAAUAUCAAAAUAGAAGACCAGAAUAUAUCGCUGCCUGGUGGAAUGUUGUGAACUGGGACAAAGUCGUGGAAAACUAUAGUCAUGCAAAGCAACAAAAGACCCCCGUGUUUGAUGUUCCUCUCGCCUGACUAUCUCGGAGCAAACUUUGAUAGGACUUUCGGGAGACGAUGGUAUAUGUGAUUGUGUGGCUUUUUUGUGUUUUGUGUCCAACUUGAAUAAAAGAGAGAAAGAAUCCACAUGGCUCUUUUUCAUGGAAGAA